UCUAUAAAUGCUCCAAACGCCACUUCAUCUUUCACACACACACACACACACACUAAUGCUAAUGGAUGACAUUUCCAACCUCAUCAAUUUCAACGAGUUGAUACCCGGGUUACCGAGCGACCUCGGGCUCGAGUGCCUAACUCGCCUGCCCCACUCGGCGCACCGACUCGCCCUCCGAGUCUGCACCCACUGGCGCUCCCUCCUCCAGAGCGACGCCUUCUUCCGCCACCGCAAGAAAACCGGCCGCACCCACAAAGUCACGUGCCUCGUCCAAGCACGUGAGCAGCAGCAGCCGCACCAGAAGCCCACGGGGUGCGUGCAACCGUGUUACGGGAUCACGGUCUUCGACCCGGAGGCCAUGGCGUGGGACCGGGUCGACCCGGUUCCGGAUUACCCCUUCGGGUUGCCCCUCUUCUGCCAGGUGGCCAGCUGCGACGGGAGCCUUGUCCUCAUGGGGGGGUGGGACCCUGCCACGUACGAGCCCCUCACGGCGGUGUUCGUUUACGAUUUCCGGACGAGCGAGUGGCGCCGGGGGAGGGACAUGCCGGAGAAAAGAUCGUUUUUUGCGAUCGGGUCGGGGAUGGGUCGGGUUUAUGUGGCGGGCGGGCAUGACGAGAAUAAGAACGCGCUGGCCACGGCGUGGGCCUAUGACCCGAGGGGCGAUGAGUGGGCUUUGUUGGGCCGGAUGGGCCGGGAGCGGGACGAGUGCGAGGGGGUUGUUGUUGGGGGAGAGUUUUGGGUUGUGAGUGGUUAUGGUACCGAGAGGCAAGGGAUGUUUGAUGGGUCGGUGGAGGUGUUGGAUCUCGGGUCGGGUCAGUGGAGGGUGGUGGAGGGGGUUUGGGAAGCGGGUCGGUGCCCCAGGUCUUGCGUUGGGAUUGGGAAGGAUGGGAAAGUGGUGAAUUGGAGAGGCUUGGAUCCGGGGCUCAGGGUUGGGGUUUGUGGGGUUAGGGUUGGGUCCAGCUUUGUGUUGACUGGAUCUGAAUACGAAGGGGCACCGCAUGGCUUCUAUUUGAUGGAAAUGGAGCAAGGGCAGAAUCGUAAUUUGAGAAAAAUAACCGUGCCUGAUGGUUUUUCUGGGUUUGUUCAAUCAGGGUGCUGCGUUGAAAUAUAAUUAGUCGGGGACUCACUUGUAAAUAUGCUACUUUCCGGAAUUUGAAAAUUCAGAUUUUUUUUUUCAUUGUUCAAAUAGAGGGAACAGAAGAAAACAACCUUUACUAUUUCUAAGGUGCCCUUGUGCAUACAUGCGAGUGCUACAUAUAUAUAUAUAUUUAUUGUUUUGAAAAUCAAAGCAUUGAGAUUGAUUUUGGUGUAAAUAAGAAAGGGAUAAUUCAUAUAUAAUUAGGUCAUGAGUGCUAUUGGACCAAUAUGUAUAGUUUUGGCAAUGGACCAAUUAAUGGGAAUGCGAUGAACGAGUGGAAUAUAUUGCUCUUCCCUAGUGAGUACUGUAUUAUAUUAUGAAUUCUUGAAAGAAAAUAGUGAGAUUUUGAGAAGCUGGCACUUCAGAUCAUGUGAUUGUGACCAUUGCUUGUAUAGUUGCAGUGUCGGUGCUGGUUGAUGAGCGUAAGGUCUGUUUCACGGAGUUCCCCGUUUCUCCGCUCAAAAUGUCUGAUUUCAGAGUUAUUGUGACCAUGUUUCAGAUAAAUGUGUUAUUUUUUUUUUUUUUUUAAA